UUGAAAACAGCCAUGCCUGUUCAACCAAAGAAACUUUAAGUAGUUAUAGCUUUAGAAUGAUAGUUUAGAGAAGUUCCAGGUUUAAUGGUUCGACUCUGAAGAGGCAUACAAAACUUGUGAGUCUUUCAACUACCAGAGCCUUCAAAGUUGCAUUUGCAAGCUGCCAAAGGGAGAAUAUGGAUAAUCUAUGGCAGGUUACAUCUGCGGUCUUAAUGUUUUUUCACACCUGGCUAAAGAGAUGUUUAAAACAGAUUAAGAGAUAUUUGUGGUUCAAAUGUGGUUUAAACUGGGUUCAUUUCAGUCAAGCUAAUGCAGUAAAGGACAAGUGUGAAAAUCCACAGUCAAUUGUCGGGAGAACAGAUCGAGACUACUCUACCUACUGGCACCAGUCCAAUGGAACAAUGGUGAUGGUACGAACGAGCACACAUACUUUCCAUGUGGAUUUGGAGAGGCUAGCAGACUCCAGCGAAUAUUUCAGAGCUCUAUCCCACUCCAGUAUGAGAGAGACGAGUGAGAAGUUGGUGCACCUGGAAUAUGUUCCAUCUUUAGUCUUCCACAACCUUCUCGAAUUCUGCUUCCUACAGCGGUUCUGUGUUCCUGAGAACCUACUUGGGGAACAUCUACGGGUGAGCACCUAUCUGCUGGCUUCCAGCUUUACAGGUCGUCUACUGACUGCCCUCUCUCAGGUCCUGACAGAAGACACCUGCCUGGGUUAUCUCCAGCUGGCUGAGGAGCUCUGCAGUGAGGAGCUCCAAGAGACUGUGCUAACCUACCUGAGCAGGUAUCUACUGGAGCUUCCACACCUGAGCAAAAACCUGGAUAAAGCCAAACUUCUCACAUUAAGGUUGAAGGGCACUCAACAGUUGUGUUGCCUGAGGAAGGAGAACUUGAUCUCAAGGAUUGACCCAGAAACAGACGCUGCUCGAAAGCUCUUCAGGCUGGAGGAAGAAGGGGAUGAUGGGAAAUGGAUUUCACUCACAGAUCUACCUUUUGGUGCAGAUAAAUGGUGCUUCACCACGGCAGUGCUCUAUAAUUACCUCUAUCUCAUAGGGGGCUGCAGACACCGUGUGAAGAAGGGCUACGAGUUCAAGAUGGCUUCUUUCCGCUACAACCCUUUUACCAAUCAGUGGGUAUCAACUGCUCCUCUAAUUAAGCACAGGCGUCACUUCAGCGCAGCGGUGUGUGAAGGGAAGAUCUAUGCUGUAGGUGGUUGGUAUCUGGAUUCCCUCGUGACGCCCGACUCCAGUACAGGUGUGUACACUGCUGUGGAGAGGUAUGAUCCAUGGACGGACACCUGGGCAUUUGUUUCCUCCCUACCUCUCACGGACUUCCAGUUCAGCCUAUCUCUCUCCCAUGACUCCCCCCUCACAACCAGCUUGGGACACUGCCUCUAUGUUCUGGGGAACAUCCAGAGAACUGGAGAGAAACUGGUGUUGCGCUAUGAUUCUAGACAAGAUUGCUGGUGUGAACUGCUCCCCACUCUAACCCGCUCUAAUGCUGACCUUCCCUGCUUGAACUUCCUAGGAGCUGACAAGAGUCAGUUGAUUGUGAUUGGUGGUAACAAUUCUGAAACCAUUGUAACGUCUUUCUGUGUGGACUCUCAGAAGUGGGGCCAUGUCCGAACCAUGGAGAAGACCACUUUGAUUGGACAGGGCACCAUUCUGCACAAUGAAGUCUACAUGUCUGGGACAAACGACAACUCGAUGGUUAAAUUGAACCUUAAUUCUCUUUCUAUAUUUCCUCUUCCAUCCCUUCCUGUGCCCACCUUCUACGAGAGCCUUUUCCAUCUCUACUUCUGACAAUUUCCUUUAUCAGUCUUUAAGUUGUUUAACCCAUAGCAAUGAACGCAAAAAACACACAAAUGUACUAGAUAUUUGUUCAUAA